AGCGCCCCGCCCGCAUGCAAAAGCUGCUGCAUUUAGCACAGAUUCGCAGCGGCGUGUUCGGCUCUGCGCUGUUUGUUGCGCACUUUCAAGCAGGGGUUUUAAUCAGCCACGACGAGAACCAGAAUUCAUCAGCUUUUAAACUACAUAUAUAUAAAAAGUACACACAAUGGCCACUGACUCAGGCUACGGUGGCCCGCAAAGCUAUGGCUCGUAUAGUGGAGGUCAGCAAGGCGGGCAGGGUUAUGGACAAGGAAAUAGUGGCAGCUCCUAUGGAGGACAGAAUUAUGGUGGCUAUGGACAGCAAGAAAAUUAUGGCCAGUCUCAGCAACCGAGCUAUAAUAACUAUGGACAAGAGUCCUCUGGGUAUGGUGACAAGCCCUCCUAUGGGCAGCAAGGAUCUGGGUCUUAUGGACAGCAAGGCUCCUACAGUGGUCAGGGGCAAGGUGGAGACAGUUAUGGACAGGGACAGGGUGGCGGCGGCGGUGGUGGUAGUAGCGGAUACAGUGGCCAGGGUGGUGGCAGCGGUGGAUAUGGAGGCCAAGGGCAAGGAGGAGGUGGUGGCGGUGGAUAUGGACGAUGGAAUGAAGGUGGUGAAGGUGGUGGUCAGGGUGGGAGGUUUGGGCGUGACUAUGGAGACCGUUCAGAAGGAGGGGGCUACAGAGGCAGAGGCCGUGGCGGCGGUGGCUAUGACCGCAGUGGUGGAUACGAUCGUGGCGGAAGAGGCGGACCUCCUGGUAUGGGGAUCUCGAGACUACGGCUCAAGGGAUGAACCAGCUGGAGAGCAGGACAACUCUGACAACAACACCAUUUUUGUACAGGGACUUGGAGAAGAUGUCACAGUUCAGGAAGUUGGAGACUUCUUCAAGCAGAUUGGCAUCAUUAAGGUGAAUAAGAAGACUGGCCAACCAAUGAUAAACAUCUACUCUGACAAAGCCACUGGGCGACCAAAGGGUGAAGCUACAGUGUCCUUUGAUGACCCUCCAUCAGCCAAAGCUGCUAUUGAUUGGUUUGAUGGAAAGGAUUUCAAUGGCAAACCCAUCAAAGUAUCGUUCGCCACCCGCAGAGCUGAGUUCACACAGAGGGGUGGUGGUGGUGGCGGCGGCGGCGGCAGAGGGGGGCGAGGAGGUUUCAGAGGUCGUGGUGGUGGUGGACCCAACUUUGACAUUAAGGGAGGAGACUGGCCUUGUCCCAACAGCUCUUGCGGCAACAUGAAUUUUGCCCGGCGGCAGGAGUGUAACAAGUGUGGUGCACCCAAACCAGGAGAUGGAGGAUUUGGAGGUGGAGAUCGUGGAGGCAGAGGCGGAUAUGGAGGCGACAGAGGUGGUGGCUUUAGAGGGCGUGGAAGUUUCCGCGGGGGUGACCGUGGAGGCUUCGGAGGAGGUGGCGGAGGAUUUGGAGGUGGCGGCUACAAAAUGGGAGGAAGAGGUGACCGCAGGGACGACAGAAGAGACCGGCCGUACUGAGUGCUCCAAAGAAGGAAAUCAUUCCAGCCCUUAAGUUUGCCGUGGACGGAGGAUUUAGAUUGGAGGAGGACUAACGGGGUGUAGGAGGGGGGAGGGUGUAGAUGAGACGAUGUUUUUUGUCUACUGUAGCUGGUGCAUCCUAAGUAUCACUGUUCUUCUGUGAUUCAGGGAUGUGUUGAGCUUAUGUAAAGGGGCUGAUUGGCACCUGUAGGCAUGUGGUCUUUUGUUUUGUUUUUUCUCCCCAUUUUUGUUUUUUUGUUUUUUUUCUUUGUUAAAUUUCUUUGUACAUCUUUUUAAUUUUCUGUCAGAUUCUAGUUGCUGAUGUUAUGUGAGGUAGACUUCAUACCAUUGUUUUGUAUAAACAGAAUAAAAUGUUUUACUUGGUUUCUUUUUUUUUUCUUUUCUUUUUUUUCCAAAAUGAUAUUAAACUGUGAUCUUUU